ACCACCCUUUCCGCCUUCCGGAAGCCCAUCGCCUCGGGCGCUUUUGGCUUCCUCCCAUCCCUUGCCCUGCUUUUUGCUCGAACGCUCUGGGGCUCCGCAUCCUCCCGCUGGCAGUCGCCCAGUCAACCUCUCUCUCUCGCCGCCUCUUCGGUCCGCGCCGAAUCACCGCGUCCAAGCGAGCCCGGCUCCAGUUUCUUCAAUCGAGGUUGACUAUAAGGCUGGCUCUGAGGUUGCUCAGCAAGCCCGGCCGAUGUGGAUAGAUUGGGGAUGCCGGGGAGGUUUUAAGCGAAGUGGGUGGCGGAGGUGGGGUGUUGGGGGGAGGACAAGAAGGCAAGGCGAGGCGAGAGAGGCUGGUGGUGCAGAAAGCAGGCGCAGCACAAUGAAGGUGUGAGGGCGAAGCCGCCUGAGCAGAGGCUGCGCUGCCUCUCUGGUCCUCCUCCUCCUUCCUCCCUCUCUCCUCCUCCUCCUCCUCCUCCUCCUCGUCGGUCUUCAGUCGCCGUCUCCAGGCGGGGCAUGGAGGGAAACGGAUGUCCGACUCGCUAAGCAAGCCCUGCUUUGGAUCUAUCCCCGUGGACUCCUCUCUCUCGAGGAAAAUGGUCAAUAGAGACAUGAAUGGCUUUCCUGUCAAGAAGUGCUCCGCUUUUCAGUUUUUUAAGAAGAGGGUACGAAGAUGGAUCAAGAGCCCAAUGGUUAGCAUGGAAAAACAUCAGACAAGCAGCCUCAAAUAUCCGGGCGCCACUGUGAUGCACAUACCUCAGGGGGAGCCUGACAUUGAAGUCCCAUUUUGCCAGAUGUGCUUCAGUGAUCACACCUUUCCAAAAGGGAUCAUCCCACAGGACUCUGAAUCCUGUUCCUGGGAAGGACCCCAAAGUUGCAAUAUAAAAGAACUCUAUGGCAAAGAAGAUUUGCUGACUCAACCUGAUCAGAGAACUUUCUGGAAUAGUGAUGACUCUGAGGAACCAAAAGAUCAACUGUCCUUGAAAAGCAGGCAAGAUUUAGUUGUGGGAGGAGAAUUAGCAGAAGCAUUGCUAAAUGUGAAGAGCGGGAUGAAGGAACAGGAUGUCAUUGUCAUCGUUGUCAUCAUCAUCAUCAUCAAAUGUUGUUCAAAUGCCUUACCUCCUAAGGAAGCUAAAAUUGCAGGAACUUCAGCAACUGCUAAAGUGUAA